AUGGAUGAAAUUAACCAGACAUUUGUGUCAGAAUUUCUACUUCUUGGUCUUUCUGGAUACCCAAUGACUGAGAUCAUUUACUUUGCUCUAAUUCUGGUUAUGUAUCUAGUGAUUCUGAUUGGCAAUGGUGUUCUGAUCAUAGCGAGCAUCUUUGAUUCCCGUCUUCAUAUCCCCAUGUACUUCUUUCUGGGCAACCUCUCUUUCCUGGAUAUUUGCUACACAUCCUCCUUUGUUCCCUCAACAUUGGUGAGUUUAAUCUCAAAGAAAAGGAACAUUUCCUUCACUGGAUGCACAGUGCAGAUGUUCUUUGGGUUUGCAAUGGGGUCAACAGAAUGUUUUCUCCUUGGCAUGAUGGCCUUUGACCGCUAUGUGGCCAUCUGUAACCCUCUGAGAUACCCCAUCAUCAUGAGCAAGUCGGUGUAUGUUCUGAUGGCUUCUGUCUCAUGGCUCUCCGGCGGAAUCAACUCAAUGGUGCAAACAUCUCUUGCCAUGCAAUUGCCUUUCUGUAGGAAUAUUAUCAAUAACUUCACAUGUGAAAUAUUAGCUGUCCUUAAACUAGCUUGUGCUGAUAUAUCCCUCAACGUUAUCACCAUGAUGAUAUCCAAUAUGGCGUUCCUGGUUCUUCCACUGCUGGUCAUUUUUUCCUCCUACACGUUCAUCCUCUACACCAUCUUGAGAAUGAACUCAGCCACGGGGAGGCACAAAGCCUUUUCCACCUGCUCAGCACACAUGACUGUGGUGAUCAUAUUUUAUGGAACCGUCUUCUUUGUGUAUGCCAAACCCAAGUCUCAAAAACAGCCUAGGGAAGACAAGUUGCAAAUUUCAGACAAGCUUAUUUCCAUUUUUUAUGGGGUAGUGACCCCCAUGCUAAAUCCUAUAAUCUAUAGCUUGAGAAAUAAGGAUGUAAAAGCUGCUGUGAAAUAUCUGCUGAACAAAAAAACUAUUCAAUAA